AUGGAUAAUGGUGCAGGUAUAAAAACAAUUGGCAACAAUGAAGAUAGCCAAGAACAAGACUGCAUACAGAAAAUAAGUGCUUUUAAUUCCUUGAAACGACUCACCACAGUAAUAACGCACAAGAAUCCAAACGGACAAAGUAGAACCCUUAUAUUUUUGGAAAUGCCACGAUCACUUGCCAGAUUGAGAUUGUUCUACCACCAAAAAGCUUCGCGAAGAACGUGUAUGCAAGUAUUUAUGCAGCUUACUCCGUACGGCAUGCUUACAUUUUCAGCCCCCAAACAAAAGUUUCCACGCGAGGCUGAGGCACAAUUCGUAAAACCAUGA